ACCACAGCUUAUCGCCCCGCCCCUUCUCCUAUUGGCCAGAAGUGACGCUCUUUAUUGGUCGCAGGUUUAAACAGACUUUUGUCUGUGGCAGUUGAGGGGAAAGACAACAACCAAUCACAAUGCAGCUUGGAGCUGCUUCAGCAGUCGAUCAGAUCAGAUGAGAUCAGAUGUGUUUCAGUGUUUAUUCCCAGAGGAACAGUAAACACACGUGUGUGUGACGGAUCAGACUGAAGGACACAUUCACAGGACACUGAAAGCUGGACAUUUUGGGACGGUAACAUCAUGCAUUGCCCACAGCGGAGGGAAUCACAUUGCUGUGGGUCUAAAGCUCAGAGUAAAGGGACUGGAUCUGAUAACCAGGAACAUGUUCAUCAUAUCAGAAGAAGUCCAUCUUCUCCAAAAGGAGCUCCAAAGAAAAGAUCUGCCUUUGUUGACCUUACAAAUACCAAAAAAGUCCAGAAUGAAGCCUGUGUCAAAGACAUCAAUGUGUCCAAGAAGACACAGAUAAGCAAAGUGGUUAUAAAAGCUAACGACAACCUAAAAGUGUCUAAACACAUGUUCUCUGAGGAACAGAGUAAAAAAGCUGAAGAUCAGAUGGAUCGUGUGAAGGACUUUACAUCAUCAGACCCUGGUGUGUCUUCUGCUAAGGAGUGGCCUGCAGUCCAAAACCAAAUGGUCCCAGAAGAGUCUGAUGUUGAUCAUGAGCAAGCUGACGACUGUUUGAUGAGUCCAGAGUACACUAAAGAUAUUUUUGUCUACCUCAGAAACCGAGAGGAGAAAUUUGUCUUGACUGAUUACAUGCACACUCAACCAGACCUGAACGCAAGUAUGAGAGGUAUUCUGAUCGACUGGAUGGUGGAAGUCCAGGAAAACUUUGAGCUGACUCAUGAAACUUUGUACCUGGCGGUGAAGCUGACGGAUCACUACCUGUCCAUCACAGAGGUGAUGAGAGAAUCGCUUCAGCUCAUCGGAUCCACGGCGAUGCUCAUCGCUGCCAAGUUUGAAGAACGCUGUCCUCCGGGGGUUGAAGACUUCCUGUACAUUUGUGAUGAUGCUUAUGAGAGACAGGAAUUCCUUGUUAUGGAAAGGAAAAUUCUCCAAGGACUUAACUUUGACAUUAACAUCCCUGUGCCUUACACGUUCCUCAGGCGUUACGCAAAGGUGGCUCAUGCUAGCAUGGAGACGCUAACUUUAGCGCGCUAUGUGUGUGAACUGAGCCUGAUGGAGCUGGAGCUGGUGCCGGAGCGAGCGUCACGUUUAGCCUCCGCCUGCCUCCUCCUCGCCUCCAUCACUAACAGCCUGGGACUCUGGACGGUGGCGCUGCAGCACCACAGCGGUUACACACUGCGUGAACUCGGCCCGCUGGUCAGGAGACUGUACGCCAUGCUGGCCUGUCCUGCAGACGAGAACCUCAGAGCCGUGGAGAACAAAUACUCUGACAAAGUUUUCUUUGAGGUUGCGAGAAUUCCGCUGGUGAACCUGGAGACGUUAGAAGCAGCACUUUGUCCCUGACUUCACUGCGGAUUAAAGAAAACAUCUACACUUUAAAUAUUAUUUAUUAUUUAUUUAUUUAAUUGUUGUCGUUUUGUACAAGCUUUAAAGGUUUAUAUUGUUUAUCAAGAUAUUUGUUUUAACGAAGUGGAAACGAAGCAUGUUAUUAGAGCAGCUGGAGUAAAUAAACCGAACAUCUCUCUUUA